UACCCACAGUGCAUUGCAGCGCAGCAGUGACCUGUCUGCCGGGUGUGUUCCGUUUCGCUGUUUGCCCCCCCACCCGUGUUCUGCGAACCACCAGCAUCACGGGGGACUAGUCGGUGUCACUUGAGCGUUAACCUCUUUCCCUCCGCGUCGCCCAAGGUCCAUGCUGUCGGGGCGGAAGCUCGAGACCAGCACGCGGGAUUAGUCGCUGCAGAAAGGAAGUGCUUCGUCCUGACGCAGGAAUGAAGAGAGCUGCGUUGUUUCUGGUCGCUGUCUACGCCUCAGCGCCCGUCCUCCUCUACCUCUUCCCCUGGAUCCUGGGCCACAUCAUAUUCUCUCACUUGUUGAGGUUUCCAUUCCUCUUGGACCUCGGCCGACCUGAAGCCGUGCUGAACCACACAUGCAACUUCUACCUGGACUCGGAGGAGGGCGUCUCAGUGGGUGUCUGGCAUACACUCCCUGCCAGCCAAUGGGACGAGGCCGCGGGGAGAAGCCCUGAGUGGUACCGGGAAACUCUGGGAGACGGACGCCCUGUUAUUAUUUAUCUCCAUGGCAACUUGGGGACCAGGGCCAUACAUCACCGGGUGGAACUGGUGAAGAUUUUAAGUGCUGCAGGCUAUCAUGUCUUAUCUUUAGACUACAGAGGUUUUGGAGACUCCACUGGGGAGCCCAGUGAAGAUGGGCUGACCAUCGACGCCCUCUUCCUGUACCACUGGGUAAAGAAGCAGAGCAGAGGUCCCGUGUGUCUGUGGGGACACUCACUGGGCUCCGGGGUGGCGACCAAUACUGCGGCGAAAGCCCAAGAACAAGGGUCGGCUGUUGAUGCUUUAAUCCUCGAGGCCGCAUUCACAACUAUUGGAGAAGUCGUCGUCAACUAUCCGCUCACUAAGAUUUACAUGUUCCUUCCGGGAUUUGAGAGCUUGCUUAGGAGCAUUGUGGAAAGGAACAACAUUGUGUUUGCGAGCGAUAAAAAUGUAAAGGCCCUGACCUGCCCUCUUCUUAUCCUGCAUGCAGAGGAUGACGACAUUGUACCGUAUCACAUGGGCCAGAAGCUGUACGAGAUAUCCCUCCAGGCUAAGAAAGAAUCCAACACAGAUGUUCGAGUUGAAAUGAUCUCCUACAGUGCGACUCUUGGAUUCUCCCACAACAACAUCUACUUGGAUCCCAAUCUGUCAAAUGUUGUCGGGAAAUUUCUACAAAACCUGAGGCAGUAGAUCGUCUCUCCCUCCUCCAGAAAAGGAAAUGGUAGAUUCCAACUGAUAUUUAUUUUUCAAAAAAAGAAAUUAUGCAUGCGUGUGUGUGUGUGAAAAAUAAAAUUUAAAAAAAAAGCAACGGUUUACAUAUUACACUUCAAUUAAGACACUGGACAAUAACAAUACUGCAGAUCACAAAUGAAAUAGGUUUGUAUAUCUUUUCAUUAACCAACUUGUAGCGAUCUGGAGGCGCAUGUGUGUCAGUCAGCCUGCAGCUUAGAACGGCUUCGUCACUCAAACUGCAGCAUGAAGUAAGGCAGGAAUGUCAUUUAAAAAUCUGUCGAGUCAGCUGCUGCGUUGCCGACAUCCUACUGAAGUCCUAAAAUGUCAAAUAUGAAGGAAUGAUCCGACCUCGCUCUCUUGAGUUUCCUGUAUGUGUUGGUGCUGAAGGACUGUAACAAGACAUUUUUUUGUAAUGAAAGUACUGUAACUCAGGUG